UAAAUUUGUCCACCUUCAAACAUGAGCUCAAAGGGAGGGAAUCCUUCAGAAGAAAGCAACACCCCAGAUGAUGCUGUUCUGAGCAACAUACGCCAGAUUCUUAUGGAUGAAGGCAUGGAGAAUGCAACCUUCAUGUUCCCGGCUGCUACACUUCAAGCCGCUGAAAAGUCUUUGUACGAUGUACUUGGUGAGAAAUAUCCGUUCUUAAUCAAUCAAAAUGUAGAUAGCCCUGUCAACAACGACACUUGCUUUUCCAAUUAUUAUGGUCGUUUUAAGAGCAUUGCCAAUGAUAAUUACAACGCUAUUGAAUCCAGCUUGGUUUCUGACCCCUCUCAGCAGAAAUCUUCCUGUAUUCAAGCUCCUCCGGCGCCUGAUCAGUAUUUGUCAAUACAUUAUCAAACACCGCAGCCAUCAUCGGAGGUGUUUGAUAAAGUAUUACCAUUUAACAGUACUGAAGAUGGAGGAGGAAGGAUGUUGCACCAGAGUGGAAAACGCAAGAGAAAACGUGUUAAUAAAGGGGAUUUAGUUGACAUGAGGGCUCUCCUCAUGCACUGCGCUGAGGCUGUGGGAGGAGACGAUCUCAAGAGUGCCAAAGAACUACUGUCGCAGAUUAGGCAGAACUCUUCUCCUUUUGGCGACGGGUCCCAGAGACUGGCUCAUUGCUUUGCCAACGCCCUUGGAGCACGCUUGGUUGGCGCUGGAAGUGGUCAGUUAUAUGCAGCGCUCGCUGCUAAAAAGAUGUCAUCCAUUCAUAUCUUGAAAGCUUGCAGGCUAUUUAUUUCAGCAUUCCCUUUCAUGAGGACGUCAAAUUUCUUUGUGACACAAACGAUUAUGGACCUAGCAAAGAAAGCAAACAGGCUCCACAUCAUCCAUUUCGGUAUCCAGUUUGGUUCCCAGUGGCCUGGCCUUAUCCAGCGCCUCUCAGAAAGACCGGGCGGGCCGCCGGUGCUACACAUUACAGGAGUAGACUUUCCCCAACCUGGUUUCCAACCGACAGCAAGGGCAGAAGAAACGGGGCGUCGUUUAGCAAACUAUUGCGAUAGAUUUCAUGUCCCUUUUGAGUACAAUGCCAUAGCGCAGAAAUGGGAUACUAUCCAAUUCCAGGACCUCAAGAUUUUCAGAGAUGAGAUGGUUGUUGUCGACUGUUUAUACCUGUUUAGGUACCUACUUGACGAGACGGUCGUGUCGAGCAGCCCAAGGAACACUGUUUUGAAGUUGAUUAAGAGGAUUAAUCCAGAUGUUUUUAUUCAUGGGAUCAUUAAUGGGUCUUACAAUUCCCCGUUUUUUGUUUCACGUUUCCGAGAGGCACUCUACUACUUCUCGGCAGUGUUUGAUAUGUUUGAAGCCAAUGCACCCCGCGAAGACCAGGACAGGUUGGUGUUUGAGCAAGAGAUAUAUGGAAAAGAGGUUUUGAACGCUAUAGCUUGUGAAGGGGUGAAGAGGUUCGAGAGGCCGGAGACAUAUAAGCAGUGGCAGGUUCGGAAUCAGAGGGCUGGGUUGAAGCAACUUCCGUUGAACGGGGAGGUUCUGAAGAAAGUGAAGGCGCAUGUGAAGUUGUGUUACCACAAGGAUUUCUUGGUAGAUGAAGAUGGACAGUGGCUGCUACAAGGAUGGAAGGGGAGAAUCCUCUUUGCUCUCUCCUGCUGGAAAACUGCCUGACAGGGGAGAUGACGUUAAUUGGUUUCCUGAUUUCCCAGAAAGUCAUAAUAAUAUUCUGUUUCUUUCGAUCCUGUUAUGGGGGCUGAUGUUUUGUGUGGCUUUUCUAAAUCUGUGUAUGGCAUGGCGUCUUGGACUUUGACAUCUUAUAGGUUCUGGUUUUCUAUGCCUUUUUAUUGCUUUCACUUGUAUUUGUAUCGACUUAUAUGGGGCACACGUGCACGUGUUGACAUUUUGUGCUCUAUAAACUGUUAAUUUCUAUUUUCUACAACAAAUGCUGUCCUUUUGUUGUGGGUCAAAUACAACUUUAGUUCUCUA